ACUUGCCCAGCGUUGGCGAAGUACGAGCACCCGCUUGGAGCAUAUUAAAUUUUUGUUUGAAAAUGUGGAAAGAAGUAGCGGUUUUGGCUAUUUUAGCCACAGUGCAGUGUAGUCCAGUUCAAGAAAGUGGUAUAGCUGAAAAUUUAGUGGGUGCCGUAUCGGAGUGCAUAGACAAUGAUACAUCGUUAUGUCUUAAGGAAAAAGCACUCAAAUUCACCGACCGUCUAGCAAUUAUAAAGGACCUAAACAUCUUUGAAGGUAUGACGCUGAUAAAUACCGGAUCAGCAAGGUCAGCUCGCAGCUAUGAACCUUUAGCUGAAGAUCCGAAAACCAGAGAAACCCAGAUUGAAGAGAGAAUUGCCAACAACGUUGGAGAUUUCUUGGACAAUCACGUACUGCAGUUGCGUUUGUCUGAGUCGGAAGGAGAAGGACGGGAAUUAGACGAGGAAGCUCGUGGCAAGAAGAAGAAGAAGAUCAAGCAGCUGCUCCCCAUCCUUCUCCUCCUCAAGUUGAAACUUGCUGCUCUUAUUCCACUCUUCCUUGGCAUCAUCGCCUUCGCCGCUCUCAAAGCGGUCUUCCUCGGAAAAAUAGCUUUCGCUAUGAACGCCUUCACUCUUAUCAGAAAACUCUUAGCAAAGGGUGGUCACGGCUCUGGUGGUGCUAGCAUCAGCUAUUCUUCCCCUCACCAUCAUGAGGAGCAUCAAGGAUACAACUACGAACCUGCUCAGGGUUGGUCCAGUCGCCAAGACAGCGACGCUGCUUCAAUGGCAUACUCUAGCCAACUCAGAAAGUGAAUAGGACAAUUAAUGAAUGUAUUUAUUAUGUGUGUGUGAGAUAGUAUUUAUUUCUGUGUGGAAUGCCAGUGGCCAUGAUACAAGUACCUCAGUCUUAAUUUAUUUUUUAUUUAUUUG